AUGACAAGCAGCUCGUUGAGACAUAGCAUCGACAAGUUCCACGAGUAUGUCAAACCCGAGUAUGUCAAGAAGGUGAAUGAGUCACUAUCAGUUUCUCUCACGUUUAUUGAGGAUUCGCAGCCCGAUCAGACUAUCCAGGAGUCAACAACAUGUGAAUGUUUAAUCAGUUUCCACAACGUUGAUGAAAGAGGCAUUACUGUCAAUGAAACUGAUGAGUCAUCAUUGCGUCAGACUGAAUCAAACGACUCUGGCUGGUUUGGAGGCUUUUUUGGCACAAACUCAAAUAGUUCCGACUCACGAUUGUUAGUUAACAGGACGUCUAGUGAGAAUGAGGACUUGACUAUAUUUCUUGGAUAUAUCCAGGUGGUUGGCUAUGUAGUGCUUAAUUACAAGUUUGGGCUUAAUAGUUCAACUUCGGCCAUUGAUUCUGGCAAAAGUGCCCACUGGUGGGAGAAUAAGGAUUACAUCUACAACUAUAAAGAUGCCGAUGGAGAAGACGGCCAGUAUGAAGAUGAAAAAGCAGAGAAAUUGGACCAAGUACCCUAUAUAAAAGAAAAUUUGGCUCAUCCACUAGUUGUUGGUGGAAAAUUGGGUGGGGUCAGUGAUUUAAUUGUAGAGCAUGGAAAGUCUUCUAAUCACUGGAUAGACGAAAAGGCUUUGUACUACGUCCACGAUCUUUUGUACCCUUUCAAUUCUCGGGGACCUCCCAAUUUCAAUCAAAAUGCAGAUCUUGACGGUACUGCUGAGAUCAAGAUACCUGUCAAGGAGUUGUCAGACUCCAUCAUACCAUUCUAUUCUACUUCGCAAUCACUUCUUUUCACAGACUUACAUAUCCCACCAAAGUCGACAAAGACAUUCCAUAUUAAGUUCCCCAGAUCGACCGACUUACCUCCCACAUACAAUGCCAGGCUGACCGGACCAGUUUGUGACCAGGGAUUGGUCAGCAUCAAGUACUCUCUAAUUGUAAGUCUUCUGCAAAGUUCUGGAUCCAGUAUGGAUUCGCGUUCCAUUUACUUUCCGCUUAGCAUCAAGGGCGAGAGAAUAGGUUCGAACGAGAGAUACAUGCAACGGGACUACUUCGAAUCGAAAAGUAAGAUAGAUAAGAAUUGGCAAGUAGAGGUCAUAGAGGAAGAAGAAGCCAUAGAACCACCCGUAGUGGGUAAUGUUUCAGAGUCUCUUGAAACCAGAGAGGCAUUCUUCGAAGACAUUUCAAAAUUGAUCAAAUCGGAUUUGUACAAUAUGCCAAAAAUGUCCACGAACGAGAGAAAGAAGAGUAUCCAUUCGUUAGAGUCCUGGGUGGAUGAUGUACCUGUAGAUGGGAAAUAUGUUCCACAGCUUCCGAGCCAUUUGAAGACUCAGUUCCAGCUCAGAGUGAACAAUAAUCAGCUUUGCCAAAUUAGUUUAUCGCGUCCAUAUUAUCAUGUAGGAGAAGACAUAAACUUCAUCUUGGACAUCAACCCCGAAGAACAUAGUCUCUCUACAAAGGUAGUGGGGUUCAUUGCACAUUUGGAAGCUCAUGAAAUUUUCCACACAAACCACUCCAGUGCUCCACAGGGCAAAGAGAACUCAGAAGCAUUUACGAAUACCUACCGAGUUUCAGGCAACAUCAAGUACAAUACAUUUAUGCCCUCCCUUGCAAAUUCCAUAUUGCCAGAUUCAGAACAGAGGCGAACUUUGAUCAAUGGAUCGAUAAAUAUACCCAGACAUUUAUCCCAGCAAUUCCAGAGCUCCAGUUUCAUGGAUCUAAAAUACUUCAUAGUGUUCAAGUUUAAUUUGAACCAGUUCUCAGAAUUGCUGGAAGAGGUUAACGAAGAAGAAUCAGCCGAUGUCGAGGCAAGCCUACUUACUACUUCAAGUAUAGUGCCUACGGAUUCUGUACGCACCAAAAUCGACGCCUUCAGGGCGAAUAACUUUGGCACAGAGUUAAGGUUCAGACUUCCCCUAUACGUACUACCAUAG